AUGUCUGCAGACGACGAAACAAGUGGUUGGCAAUUGACUGAAUCGGAUCCCGGCGUAUUCACAGAAUUGCUCAAGUCUCUCGGUCUGCCCCUGAUUGUAGACGAUCUCUAUUCUCUCGAUUCAGAUUCUUUAGCUGCCCUCCAACCAUUGCAUGCCUUGAUAUUUUUGUUCAAAUGGAUACCGACUUCCUCUGAUUCCGCUGCACCCCCACGCGCCGGUACCGAUGAUCCAGAUUUUGCUGGGUUCUUUGCUCAUCAAGUCGUCAAUAAUGCAUGUGCAACUCUGGCCGUUCUGAAUGCUCUUGGCAAUAUUCCAUCACUGCAAAGUGGCCCUCAACUUGCAGAAUUGCUGCAGUUCACAGCCGGCAUGGAUCCGCAGACGCGCGGUCUCGUAAUCACUAGCGCAGACUGGCUUCGAGAAAUGCAUAACGCGCUUUCUCCACCAAGUGCCUUCUCUCUCGACGGUCUGGGUUUACCCAGGAAAUCGGAGGAUGCCUACCAUUUCGUGGUAUAUCUACCUGUUAUGGGUGCAUUAUAUGAACUCGAUGGUUUGAAACCUCACGCCAUUAGACAUGGGGGGUUCAAUGAAUCGGGAGAAGGAUGGCUAAAAACCGCGAGAGACGUGAUCGAAGCACGUAUAAAUACUUACCCCGUUGGUGCGCUCGAGUUUAGUCUGUUGGCGUUGCGCGAUGAUCCUUUGCCAUCGCUCCAAUCUCAGCUGAUACAUUACCAAUCUGCCGGAGACCAACAGCUUGUAAACGAAAUUCUGGCCAAAAUUUCCAAUGAAAAUGGCAAACGUGAGAGGUGGGCUUUUGAAAAUAGCUUACGUCGACAUAAUCACGUCGGCCUUGUCCAAGCGCUUCUCCUAGCACUCGCAAAAGCAGGUCAACUAACAGCUGCCGAAGAAGCUGCCAAAAAAGCGAUGAAGGAGCGGAUAGAACAGCGGAAAGCACGAGGCGAAGAUAUGGACGAAGACUGA